AUGGGAGAAACACGGAGCUGGGUGAAGGGUCAUUUGGAUAUAAUACUCGUCCCAGUGGGGGUGCUAAUGUUGGUAGCCUACCAUUGCAGACUGCUGUACAGGAUUCUCAAAACACCCAACACCACCUUCAUAGGCCUCAACGCAAUCAAUAGGCGGGCAUGGGUGAAUGCUAAUAUGAAGGAGGGGAUGAAGAACGGAGUGCUAGCAGUCCAAACUCUACGGAACAGCAUAAUGGCGUCCACGCUUUUGGCCGCAACCGCCAUAACGCUCUCCUCUGUGCUAGGUAUAUUGAUGGGUGUGGGUACCAGUCCUGGUGAUUGGACUAUGUAUGGAAUGAAAGGAUCUGUCGCUUCUUCUGUCAAGUGCAUGGUGGUGUUACUAUGCUUUCUGGUGGCAUUCAUUUGCAAUGCGCAAUUCGUAAGGUAUUACAGUCAUGUUGGCUUCCUCAUAAACACGCCUCCUUUGGCCCCCGAGCUCGAGAAUGAUCACAGACAGUAUGUUUGUAGGGCAAUCAAUAGAGGGGCUUACUUUUGGUCACUAGGAUUGAGGGCAUUUUACUUCUCGUUGCCUCUAUUUCUAUGGAAUUUUGGACCUAUUCCAAUGUUCGUUUCGACUUGCGUCCUCUUAUCAUUUCUACAUUCCUUUGACACACCCAGCAACGAUUUCAACGCAAUUUACAACAACUGCCACCCGGAAGAGGAAGAGAAAGAUCUGGGACUAGUUCGUAGCAUUCUCCAGAAGCAAGAGGAAGAGGAAAAUUUGCGCGCAGUUUCCAGUCGCCGCCAGUAUCUGCGGAAAGAAAAUGAUGGAGAACCUUGA